AUGUUUCAAGCAGCUUCAUCUGUACUGUCUACGUUAUAUCAGAUCUGUGCGAACGGAGCUCAAGCGCCGCUUCCUGCAGGCUCAGUCUGGGCGAUACUUGUGCUACUGCUCGUUGCCCUGAUAUUGCUCGUGUGUCGCUACGCCGACUCAUAUGACGGCGUUCCUGUUGUCAACCGCAUUUGUGCCCUGGAACCCCGCGUUUUCUCGCGUAUCCGGUUUGCGUUCAAUGCUGAACAGAUUCUUCAGGAUGCCUAUCGGAAGUAUGACGGGAAGCCAUAUAUCAUUGCCCGAGGAGAUGCCGACUACCUUGUCCUUCCCUCAGAGUCCGUGACUGAGCUUAAUCGUCUUCCUGCGUCGAUCAUUAACUCCCGAAUGUGCCAUGCAUACUCGAUGACCGGGCAUCUGAACGGUAUGAACGUCGUCCUUAAGAGCAACCUUCACGUGAAAACACUCCUGAAUCGGAUUACUCCGGCUCUACCGGCUUUCCUGGGACCGGCCAGUGCUCGCAUGCAAGCAACCAUGCAGGAAACAUUUCCUAGUGUAAGCAGUUGGACGACGAUCGAACCGCUGGAUCUGGUCGUUGGUUGCGUGAGCAGGGCGAUCACACUGGCGGCUGUUGGAGAGCCUUGGUGCGAUGAUACCGAGCUCGUGAAUUUGACAUUCGAGCAUACAAAGCUAGUGUUCACCGUGAUGUUUGCAAUGCGCCUGGUGCCGGCAGCACUGCAACCAGUGCUCGUCUGGAUGCUACCCCACAAGUGGCGUCUACAAAAAUCUCUCCAAAGGCUGGAGUCGUUCAUAGUUCCAAUCGUCCAAGAGUGCAAGGCCGCAAAACCCCGACCUGCGACCGAGAGGCCUUCUACCCUACUUGCGUGGAUGGUAGCGGAGGCCACGAACGACGUGGAAGAAGACCCGUACGUACUCACAGAGCUCCUGGCGGCUCUUGCUGCUGGGGGCACCUACAGCUCGGCAAACUUUAUCGUCAGCGUUAUCCUCGAUUUGAUAGCCAAUCCACAAUUCUUGGAUGAGAUUCGGGAAGAGAUCCGCCAAAAACACGAGGAGCUUCAAGGUCGGUGGGACUUUGCAGCUUUCAAUAAUCUGCCCAAGCUAGACUCCGCGUUCAAAGAAACAAUACGGCUCACACCCGGCAGCCUCACGACCUACAGCCGCGUAAUGCUCCAGGACUAUACACUAUCGACUGGUAUUACUCUCAAGAAGGGACAAUUUAUCUGCGUUUCAAGCUAUGCUCGGGCAAAGGAUGACGAGAUAUAUCAGAACGCAGGAAGUUACGAUGCGUUACGGGCUUACAAUGAGAGCCAGCAAUAUCACGCGGCGCAGCCUUUCAAGGGUGUGUACCAACAGGAAUUUAGAUGGGGGGCUGGCCGUUGGGCUUGCGCUGGACGGCAUCUCGCGUCUCUGCUGGCCAAGUUCAUUGUCGUGAAACUAUUGGAUGAGUAUGAGUUUCAGUUUGUUCCAGGGAGCCAUCGACCACCCAACUCGGUUUUUCACGAAUUUGUGUUUGUCCAUCCUAGCACAAGGCUUCUAACCAGACGCAGGGAAGAGAAUCUGGGAAUCUGUUGUUGGUAA